CAAUGCUCGAACAAGGCCGAGUAGUGGCGCAGGAAACUCUGGUACGGCCACUGCUGGCGUCAAACGGCCGGUCGAUCCUGGUGAGAGUCUUCGCACUCGUCACAUCGAUGGUACCGCUACGGGCUUACGUUCACCACGCGGGAACUGCCUUCCAAGGAACUGCGCAGGGAACACGGACGAGUGACACCGCGAUUCGGAUGAGCGGGAAAUCUGUGCCCCUGAAGCAGCUGUGGCAUCAACUGGACAAAAUAUACGGAAGUUCGAGCGUGGAGCAGCUAUGGUCGCAGAUAAAGAGCCAGGUCGCUGCACUGCUGGUAGCUGCCGAGUACGAAAUCCUCUCGAGGAGUGUCGCGAUGAACAGUAGUCGCAACUUUGGGGGCGCAAUUGGGAGACCGAUCGGCUUCCAGCUGCUCAGUUUCGAAUUCGCCCUGAACGCUACUCUCCAGCCUUUCCUGUGGCACGUCAACGUCAAACCACACUUUCUGGCCUCGCGAAGCGUCGCCAUGGACGCCGUCAAGUCUCAGGUGCUUGUCGACGUGGCCCUCAUCCUGACGGCUGGCCGCCAAGUGGCGACGCAAGUGGCGCAGGCGUUGCGGGCUUCUGACGCCAGCAUUGGCCUCAUGUGUCACUUCUGCCGCCUUUCGCAUGACAUCUGCCUCACGGAAAACGACUUGAGCUACCUGCUCCAGUCGCGAAGAGAACAGCUGUCCAGGGGAAUGUUCGAACAGAUCUAUCCAUCAAAAACGGUCACGGAAUUGAAUGAUCUCCUGUCUUCCCUUGACCAGAAGAUUCAGAAGGAAGUUCUGUCGUCAGCGUCAGCACAACACUCCACCGUAUUUGAUGUCAGCAAACAGCACCAGACGGCACAAAUGCACAGGCUGCUUAUCGAUAUGGAAGAAUUCUACUCCAGAAUGGACAACGAAGAGAGCAAAAGCAGGAACGACCCGACCAACAGUGAGAGGCAAAGAAAGGAACAGGAACUACGUGAGAUGCUGAAUCGUAACAUUGUGUACGAAGAAGAAGAAAUAGAUUGUUUGCAGGACCCGACGUCACUGCCUUACUUACGCCUGCUUCGCGUGAUUCCGGAGCAGAGCUUGUCGCCGACCUUCCACCCAAACAAGACGGAAUACCACAUAGACGUGCCUUACGAGCAGAUGACCGUGGAAGUCCGAGCCAGAGCUCUCUACUGUCACGCAGAAGCUCGCCUCGACGACAAACUCGGACCAGCAAGACCGGUCAAUUACACCCUGGGCCUCGGCUACAACCGGAUCAGCGUGGUGGUCGUGGACAUCAGGCACGCCGAAGCCCGCGUCGCCAACGCGUACGUUCUCAGUGUGUUCAGGAACGAGCGCACCACGAGACACGAAGCGAUUGAGCCGCACUUCGCCGGUCACUACGCCGUUUGCAGCCUCAAGCAGAGCUGCGAGCUUGUGAUCUAUCCGAAGGAACCGUGCGGGCUGCAUCUGGAGGACGCAGAAGAAUCGUGGACGUCCAUGAUUCCAAAACUGCAAGCACUCGAUAUUUGUAGUUCAGGACACGAAGACGGGCGGUGGCUCUUGCCUUGUACCGACUGUGCAAGCUCGGAGUCGUGCGUUUGGAGUAUGGCGCGAUGGGCACCCUUCAAGUGUCGCUACCCGGAAGUGACCAACGCAUCACUGCAGGCCUGUCUCGAAGGAAGGAAGCUGUUAUUCCUUGGAGACUCCACAAACCGCGGCAUCAUGUACUACGUGCUCAUGCGACUCAACGGCACCCUGGGCGAGUGGCACAAGAGCCACGGCAUCGCGCUGCACGCGCAGCGCCUGAACGGAGGCCGCACCGCGGCGGGCUUCGCCUACUACCCGCAGUUCUGGUUGCCACCAAAUCGCCGACCCACGCUGGCCCGAACGCUGAAUCAGUUGGUGGACAGCAUGCCGUCGCUGGAGAACAGCGAGAGGACAGUUCUGGUCGUCGGUGGUGUGCAGUGGCUCAACGUCAAGCAGCUGUCAUCGCUGACGACAACGCUGAAAGGACUUGGCCUGGAUAAAACGAAGAUUAUAAUAAAAACAUUCGGAUCUGGCUUCCACCAACGGACAGAUGGUGUUCACCAGAGCAGCUUGAGAAACCAGCAAAAUCUAGGCAGGACAAACCUCGAUAUCAUCCGUCGAGCACGAGAGCUUGGCAUGGAAGUGGUCGACACGUUUAACAUGACUACCGCCAGGUUCAAGGAUUUCAUGCAAGGAAACUGCGCCUGCCACUUCCACAAGGUUGUCAGCGAUUCUCUGACGACGUAUCGCGUCGAGGGUCCCGUGAACCAGGCUUACGGCGACAUUCUGCUGAGUCGUCUAUGCCAAGGACACAGGACAAAGCCAGCGUGAACGACGUUUUGGUCGCGUUGAAGCUACCAAGAAGAUACCACGUCUUUCAAGAAAGAAGUAGCUCACAUCAUCUAGAGGCCAUUCAGUGACGAGCGAAGUGUGCAGUGCUUCAAAGUGUAAGGUGUACAAAAAACACGCAGGAACUUCAACAACGAGAAGAGCGGGAUAGUGAACAAAACUAUGCAUGAAAUCAUCUCGAAGAUUACACAGUUCGCCGACUUGUGCAGCAUACAGCAAUAAUGAUCAUACUCAU